AAACCACCAGCCUCAAAACAGACCCCCCUCAAAUCCAGCCCAAGAUGAACGGCGAAGAUCCCGCGGAGCGGCCCGAUUACAUCACCACCGUGAUCAAUGGCCUCGAGCGCUAUAACCCCGAGGCCGUGGGCACCCUCGAGAGCUACCUCCAGGAGCAGUGCGACCAGAAGUUUGCCGACUGCAAUGCGAACCGGACGCUGUUGAAGCUCUACCAGCUCAACCCGGACCGCAUGAAGGACGAGGUCGUCACCAACAUCCUCGUCAAGGCCAUGACCCAAUUCCCCUCGUCUCAGUUCACCCUCGCCCUCCACCUCAUCAACCCCUCGGCCGCCUCCUCCGGCGAACUCCACGAGGCCAUCACCAAGCUCCGAUCCCUCAACUCCCAGCUCCAGGGCGCCCAGUACGCCGACUUCUGGGCCGACCUCGACGGCGAUGACCUGUGCGCCGACCUCAUUGCCGACAUCUCCGGCUUCGAGGAUCUCGUCCGCGAGCGCAUCGCCACCCUCGUCUCACACGCCUUCCGCGAAAUCCAGCUCUCACACAUGGUCUCAUGGCUCGGCUUCAACGAGGACAAGACGCGCAAGUUCCUCACCGAGGUCGCUGGCUGGACCAUUGACGACGACGGCACCGUCAAGAUCCCCUCCAACCCCGACAACGAGGCCAAGAAGUCGGAGAUUCGCGAGGACGUCAACGUCGAUCAGUUCGCAAGAGUGAUUAGACGGUCUUGGGAGGAAACUGUAUAAAUGCUGUCACACAUGAGGGGAGAGAAGCGAAGGGCGACGACAUGGAGAUAGAAGGCGUUGAUUAAACCAGUAUUUGCUUAUACAGGGAGCAGAGUGACAAAUGGAUAUGUCGGCGGAACCCGUGAUGCGGAAAUGAUACAAAAAAUCACUGGCAUUGGUGCGGGGUCCCAAAAACUCAGGCGUUUAAUAGGAAACAAACAACUGUUAAUUAAAAAAGUGAUACAAGAUCAGUCAUGCAUAGAACCGGGCUAUCUUUUUGAACAUC